AUGUCCCAGCGACAAAAGGUACUAGAUACAGAGAGCACCACUGCGAAGUUUUUAUAUGCAAUAAUCAAGCAGACAGACUUGAAAUCGAUCGAUUGGAACCGAGUUGCAUCCGAUCUUCAGGUAUCCAAUGGCCAUGCUGCCCGCAUGCGAUAUUCACGAUUCCGACAGCAAAUGGAGGGCACCCUCGCCCCCAGGGCAAAACGAAAGCCCAAAAAGGCCAAAGUUGUGGACCCUCCUACAAAUCUGCAAACUGACUUAUCCACAAAUCCGUCUCUGAUGGUACCCCCAGUGCCUGCGGUGAAUUCAACUUUCCCCGGCAAUCCCUUCAUAAAGCCUGAGCCCGGCACGCAAAGCAACUCAGCCCCAGGUCAUAUGCUGUAUGGCUCCCAGUCGAUGCAGGGAAACACCAUGCCCGGGCAACAAUGCUUUCCCCUAGACUAUUGCUCAAUGCAGUUUCAGCAAGCGGUCACCAUGCAACCCGGGGCUUCGUCGUCCAGCGAUACAGUCCCGUCAUCUUCUAUGAAUACCUACCCAAUUGAAGCCAUGCAGACCAACUACCCGUACUUGCCACCAGGUAUGCCAUCGGGCUUUGGGGUGCAGGAUCUUGGAAUGCAAAUGCCUUUCCCGGAUCAACCCUCUGGCAUGACCUGGGGGCAACAAGCUCCCUCGGCCCUUGGAGACCAGUUCAUCAAGCCUGAGGAGGUACAACAGGGCGCCUCGAUGAUGGAAUGGGAGCCUAUGUCUCCUUUCCUAUCAGAUGCUAUCGUCAAGUCUGAGGACCAGCAACAAGUGAACUCGGUCGGGUGGGAGUCCAGGUCCUUUGUUCAACAAGAUGCCCCUGUGACAAUGUCUGACAACCGGGGCCAAAUCCACACAACUUUCCAGUGUGAGCCCCCGACCUCUCUUCAAGAUUCUACGGCCUUCAAGCCUGAUGAGCAGCAACAUGGAAAUCUGGCUGCGGUCUGGGGUAAUGCACUGCCAGCUUCGCCCGUGCCAGCUUCGCCCGAUGUUCCAGUUUCAUGCGGCACGGAGAAGCCACCCAAAGAAGAGAAAAUCAGUUGGGUCUCGAUGCCUCCUCCGCCAUGUUUUGCAAACCCACCAAGCCAGACUCAGGCACAGGGUAGGGUGAAUGAUAAUUCGGGGUUGGUCUCUCUUCCCCCACAGGAAUACUCGCCUGCAGAAGUCGAGGUAGAGAAUCCGAGCACAGCACUUGUUCUCUGGCGGCCACCAGCUCUGUCUCAGCAGCUUUUGCCAGAAGAUCAUGACAACGAGCUGCAGUCGAUCCGACUAUAA